CUUUCUCCCCCACUCAUUACUCAUCACUUCAUUCUCUCAACCAAAAACCUCAAACUCAACACAUUAAACACUCACUUCCAAGAGUGUUCCAACUCUUUUCCAUAACCAUGAAGAAAUUGACAAUUUUACCCCUCUUAAUAAUCCUCCAACUAAUUCACCCAAUUAACACCACCACCACCACCCUAAUCUCUUCAUCAUCAUCAAUCCAUGAUCUCCUUAAGAGCCAAGGCCUACCCGGUGGGAUCUUCCCUAGGAAUGUUAAGUCCUACACACUUGACCAAGAUGGCUUGUUAGAGGUCUACUUCGACGAGCCGUGUGAGUCCAUGUUCGAGACGUUGGUUCGGUUCGAUACCGUCGUAAAAGCUAACCUUACCUUUGGUGGUCUUAAUGGUGUUGAAGGGCUUAGUCAAGAAGAACUGUUUUUAUGGUUACCGGUUAAGGACAUAAUUGUAAAAGACCCUUUGUCUGGUCUUAUUUUGUUCGACAUUGGUGUUGCGCAAAAGCAGCUUGCAUUCUCUCUAUUUGAAGAUCCUCCUAUUUGCAAUCCUCACAGACCAUCGUUCGGGGAGCCUAAUUGGAGCCGGCGAACGUCUUUAUGGACUCUACUAUUUCUGGAGGAUCCCUAUAGUAUAUGCGGUGAAGGUACCGGGUGUUUGUGAUUUUGAGUUAUGGCAUAGGAGAAUGGGGAAUCCAUCGGAUAGAGUUGUCAAACUACUACCUGCAGUUAAUGCUACUUGUUAUCGUAAAUCUUGAAAUAAAGCUUGUGAUGUUUGCCCACAAGAAAAACAAUCUCGUCUUUCUUUUCCCAAUAGUGAAAGUAGAGCUAGUCGUAGUUUUGAAAUGAUACAUUGUGAUUUGUGGGGGUCGUACCGAACUCCCUCUAGUUGUGGUGCACACUAUUUCUUAAC